AUGGUACUUCUGCCUGUGAGGGCAAUCUGCAAUGCUGAGUAUACUUUGGUUGUCCUGGCUCCCGCGAUCUGCUGGAUGACUCUUUACAUAUGGAGCCGCUUAGAGCUUCCAGAGCAAAACUGUGCAGCUGGUCAGCGCAUCUCUCAUAUGCUUGGGACCAGUCUGUGGGUCAGCUUGAUACUGGUGGCGCUCACGGCAAGUUUUGGUGGCGAUUUUUCAGUGCGCCUCGUGGCAGCUCUGAUCUAUUUUCCUGCUGCAGCACUUCGGCUGGUGUAUAGAAGCGAGUGGUGCAAAGGCAGCCGUAGACUAAUAAGCACUUGGUCGGUAUUCCUUCCGCUGAUCUUCGAGUACAAGCUGAUGUACUGGUGGCUACGCUUUGCUGGGCUGGAGCAGGUGACCGAUGCUUACAAGCCCCUGCAUGAGAAGUACGCCCCUCGUGUCCUUCGUCUCUUGGUGGACCAGGGGGGCGUCUUUGUCAAAAUCGGGCAGAUGCUCUCCUUGCUACCCUCCGGGGUUUUGCCCGAAGCCUUUACCAAGCAGUUCAAAAGCCUCCAGAGCCGCGUCCCGCCACGGCCGGGGAGCGAAGUGAGGCGGCUGGUCUCCGAGGCUUUGGGUCAGCCCCUGGACUCCGUCUUCAGCCGCUUCGACGAGGUUCCAAUCGGGUCUGCGAGCAUUGGACAAGUGCACCGGGCAAGAUUGGCGGCCACCGGCAGUGAGGUGGUCGUGAAGGUGCAGUACCCCGAGGUCUCCCAGACAAUUGAGGCAGACUUUACAAACUGUGAGCGCAUUGUAAGGCUGCUGGACAAGAGCAAGAUGGAGCAGGUUCGUGAAACGAAAAAGCAUUACAUCAACGAGCUUGAUUUCAACAAGGAGGCUCAAAACCUCUUGCGCAUCCGGGCUGGCUUGUGCAAGCAAUUCCCCGAGGUGCGAGUCCCGGAGCCACUGCUGGAGUUCUGCAGGCCAACCGUACUGGUGAUGACGUACUUGCCGGGCCACUCGCUUCUGGACGGUAUCAUGGACAUGGCGCAGGCCAUUGCGAAGAUGCGCGGCAAGAGCGUUGACGAUCUCAUUGCGGAAUGCAGUCAAAGCGGCAAUUCACGUGACAAGAAGGAUGGAUCUGAUGCUUGCCUGUCCAAGCAAGACUCUGGCUGCCUCGACGUCCCAAAGGACAAGCGCAGAUGGCGUAUGUCCAUGAUAAACAAGAUGCCUUCGAUGCUGCCGAGCAUCUCAGAUUCCACGAAGCUGAAGCUGCUGCAGCUCUGCAUGUCUACUUCUCGUUCCGCAAGAAAUGUUGGUGUUGCGCUGUACAACAACUCGGCUGGGCUGCUUGGCGCCAGCAAGCUGUCCUACAGCAAGGAACUGCCUAAUUUCAACCCACAGGAAUUGAGCGAGAAGCUGUGGCUUGUUCACGGCCACCAAGUAUUGCUAGAUGGGCUGUUCAGCACGGAUCCGCAUCCAGGGAAUAUUCUGGUGGGUCCAGGAAGAAGUGGCGUUGGCCUCAUUGACUUUGGUCAGGUUUUUGAAUUGAAGACUCACGUCCGAGUCCUCUUUGGACGACUCUUGCUUGCCCUUGCCUCAGAGAACGAUGCAGCGAUCGCAAGCUGCUAUCGUGAGCUGGGAAUGCGAACCCGGCGCGAGAAGGAGAUGAAGGGAAUCAAUCAGGAGCUCUUGGCCCUGAAUGCACGUAUCAGGUUUGGCCAUGCCUCGGUGCUAAGCCGCGAGACCUACGAGCGCUACCGCCGCCUUUGUACAGAGGAUUCCGUUUUUUGCAGUGGCUCGGACGACAGCCUCGGUCGAAUCGAAAGAUUGGUGGCAAUCCUGCGCGGGACGAGCUUUCUACUGGGUGUUCCAACUGCGCAUGGCCCGACCACGCUCUGGGUGGAAAUGGCUAAGGAAUUGACAGUAAGCUCACAAACAAGCUCUGCCGAGUCUCAGGAAGAUGGCUCUGAGCUCUUCCAGGACAUCGAUAGUGCCAGGGAUGAUGUGGCUGCUGUGGUCGAUGCAGCGCAGCCCGUAUGA